AUGUCAGUCGUUGGCGGGAUUCCUAUCGAACCGGAUCGUGUCGUGGGUCUAGAGCGAAUCGUACAGUACGUCUGUUUCUAACCAUCCCGUUCGAAAUAACACGAGAAGCUGCGUGCGUGUCGCCUCAUAGUGCGGCUCGUUUGAUGCGUAUCCGGAAGCGAACGAAACCAUCAAUAUCAUAUCGUGCAUAUCAACGCUGCGGCUUUAACGCGUACCAUAUCGGUCAUAUCAAAGCAUCCCAAAGCCACGAGAUUGAUUAACCGGCAACCGGAAGCCGGCCCAGAGUAAGAGAGACACAGCGGUAGUCCCCCAUCUCGUUGUACUGGUUUCCUGCUGAUUGUCUCGUGGUGAUUUGUCAGCUGUUAACGUCUUCAUGCAAGAAGCCCGCCGUGACGUUGGUUUCGGAUUGCAACAUAAUAAUCGUUAAUUUCGUUACAUUAACGCACCGAGCCCGUCGGGCCACUUGAGCGUUGGUUGGUUGGUAGUGGUUUUAGUUGGUUUGUGACCAGGCCAGAGUGUGGUUUAGCAUCUCCAGUUCUGUGUGUGUAUGUUGUGGUUGAGUGCUUGAAUUGCCACCAGUGAAGUGUAGCACUUGGACGAGUGCUUGCAAGAAGAUCACCAAGAAGAAAGUGUCCAUCAGCAGCCGAGAGGAGCAUCAGCACCAGAAAUGAGUUCAAAAGCAUUACCAAAUCUAUUUAUGCUAUCAGUGGCGGUUAUUGCGCUGAUGGCGUUACUGAUCGUCGGACCACAGCCGGCCGCCGCCAACGACAGUCAGAACAUUAACCGGCUGCUUAACAAUCAGGUGAUUGUCAGCCGGCAGAUCAUGUGCGUCCUGGAGAAGAGCCCGUGUGACCAGCUCGGCCGACAGCUGAAAGCUGCCCUCCCGGAGGUGAUACAGCGCAACUGUCGGAACUGCUCGCCCCAGCAGGCACAGAACGCCCAGAAGCUGACGAACUUCCUGCAGACCCGCUAUCCGGAGGUGUGGGCGAUGCUGAUACGCAAGUACGGUGCCGUUUAAGGGCCCGGUCGCGUACAGCGGGACUCCAUUCACCGAUCGAGAGCGUCGAAUGGAGCUGCCGUACCGAGGAGCGCACCAUAUUUCACCACCAUCAUCGUCGUCAGUAUCACCGGCAUUCACUGACAGCAGUUUAUUCAUGUGACCGGAGGACAAAAAAAGAAAGAGAGGCACACACACACCCACACACACACACACACACACACACACACAUUCCAAUAAAACCCGAAUCUUACCGUUUUGUCGUCAAACAUAUCCUGGCAGCAAAGACUGGCAAAAUGGCACGGCGCGUAUCGCCCAACAUGCUUAUUGCGACCGUCCAAGCAUGUAUAAUUUAACGUUCCACCACAACCAACCAACCAAACAAACAAACCGCAGCCAAGAUGGCUGCCGGAAACGGAAAGUGACAAGCGACUGCAACCGAGCACGGCGGACUCCAUUCACUACACAAUGUUUGCGACAUUCCGCGUCAACGUUAUAUCGCUUUCCGAUUUCCGACACUUCUUUUGCUGUGUUUUUCGUUCCCAUUCGCAUAAAGACUAUUUUUAUCGCGUAAAAGACACAAUUCCACGUGGUAGCAUGUCGUUGGUGGAGCCUGAUUUUAUUUUGUUUCACACACACAAACAUACAGAACACGGCUUUCGUUGCCGAUUUGCUGCUCUGUCACCAUGGUGACGGGUUGGUUUUCUCUGAAAGAAGCUUACCGAAAGGCAUCGUAGGAGCCGGUUCAACUUCUUGUUUGACAUCUGCUAAAUGUGUGUAUUUGGGUGACAAGCGACAAGCGAACAAGCGGAGCAUGGGUGCAUAAUCGGAUUAUGAUCGAGGUCCCCAUUCUUCACGUCACGCGUCAUCUGGGAUCUGAGAGACCCGCAGUUUGUGGCAGCCAAAUCGGGCGUAGGCGCUCGUAUGUGUCCCCCCGAUGUGCUACGGUUAAUGAAUUGGCGAACACACAACCUUCCCACUAUCCGGUAUUGCUAUUGCGCGAACUAAUAAUAAUACUAAUAACUGUACUAAUGCUAAUAAUAAUGCUAUGUGAUAGAACCAUAUCCCCUUCUCAUAUCGUCUUGGAUAUAAAAAAAUCCCCACGUUUUGGAAGUUAAGACAUUACAGACGACAAGAGCGAAAAGAUAUCACUAGAAUCCCCUAAAACCAAAAAUAAAAGUAAAGCAAAUGGUGUUAAAAGCAGUAAAUAUCCAAUGCCCAUUAAAACCCUAGAGCCUAGCAGCGUUCCAAAGCUCUCCUUGUGAAUAUGAUUGUCUUUUCCAACCCCUUUUGAAUUGCGGGCUUUUGGGCGGGGUGGAAAAGCUAACGGGACGGGGAAGUUUUACAAAUGGAACGACAGAAAACACACACACACACAACCACACAUAGACAUUACUUUAUACAUACACAACCAACCAUUCAAAUGUGUGUUAGGUUAGUUUGAAGUAAUGAAGACGGUUGAAGUAAAAUGGGAAGAAAAAUAA